AUGAUCGCAAGCCUACCGAUACACAGCGGCGGCGGCGGCGGCGGCGGCGGCGGAGGUGGAGGAGGAGAUAGUGGAGGAAUUGGAGGUGGGGGAGGUAGUAGCGGAGGAGCGAGUAGUCGCGUGGGCCGUGGAUUGGCACUUCACAGGUCAAAUUCGAGUCUGGAGCUUCCUCACAGUCCGGAUCCUGGCUGCACUCGCGUACCGGAAACUCCUCUGAGAAGGGAGUAUGGAUCUCACGCGGUUUUGCUCGCAGGGAGCAUCGACGUAGUGGCACAAUCGGUAACAGUCGGAGAGAAUUUGUUCGCGAUGCUUCAAGACUUGAGGCCGUCGUCGUCGUCGUCGGUGCCGGCGGUGUCGACUCCUCCAUCGUCAUCGGAUCAACGGAGUUCGGCUGGCGUGGAAUACCUGAGACGCGUCCCGGAUGGGCAGAUCGUCGACGUGGACGAGGUUUGCGGCCCGACGACCGGUAACUCCAGCCCGAAAUUACGGUUGAAGCUGCACAGAUUGUGGGGCGCGAAGGCCACGACGCGGCCUAUGGAGGAGAGCUGCAACAGUCCGGUCGGCGUUUCGGCCGACGUCGAGGAACGACACAGGAGGCGAGCGUUCGCUCACUACGAUUGUCAGUCGCUCACCGCGAAUCUCGGCUACGCGGCCAAGCUGAGAGGUAUUCUGCUCGCGAGAAGAAGGAAUACCGCGACUGGCGCCUCGGCCGCCAGUUCCUUCAGAGCGUCCACCCCCGACGAAACUCCCGAGGAAGACGCUGGUGACGGGCGAGGCAACAACUUGCUGGAAUCGUGCCCCUUCUUCCGAAACGAAAUCGGCGGCGAGGGAGAACGGGAGGUGGGUCUCACUCGGUCCUCCCCAGGCAACGGAGUUCACAGACCGUCCUUGUCGUACGGUGUCGCGGUUUUGGAACCGGCACCCGGCGAAUCGUUGUGGAAGCACACUUGCCCUCUACAGAAACGGCCACUGCCUAUCGAGAGCAUCGACGAGGGUGCUCAUUACUACAGACGGUAUUUCCUCGGCCGAGAACAUCAGAAUUGGUUCGGUAUGGACGAGCAGCUGGGCCCGGUUGCCAUCAGUAUUCGAAAGGACGGCAACCAGUAUAGAAUAAUAGUUCGCACUUCGGAGUUAUUGACACUUCGCGGCUCGGUGCCGGAGGAGGCACUCGGCGGUAUAAGGCCACAAGGCAGGCUACCGACCAGAGAACUGUUGGAGUUGGUCGCACCGGAGGUUCAACUCGGUUGCCUCCGUUUGGGGAUUUCCUCUGCCGAGGAGGCUGUGGCUAGAUUGGACGAGCAAGGCCUCUCUAAUAAAUACAAAGUAGGUGUCCUUUACUGCAGAUCCGGUCAAAGGACCGAAGAAGAGAUGUAUAACAAUCAGCACGCUGGGCCGGCAUUUCUCGAAUUUCUUGACUCUAUCGGCCAAAGAAUCAGGCUGCGAGGAUUCGAAGGGUACAAGGCCGGUUUAGACACGAGAACCGAUUCAACCGGCACCCACGCAGUUGCCGCGACCUAUAGAGGAGCAGAAGUAACCUUUCACGUGUCAACGAUGCUACCUUUUACGCCGAAUAACAGGCAGCAGCUGCUUAGGAAGAGGCACAUAGGAAAUGACAUAGUCACGAUCGUUUUCCAGGAACCUGGCGCGUUACCGUUCAGUCCUCGAAGGAUACGGUCGCAGUUUCAACACGUGUUCAUUGUGGUCAGAGCUGUUGAUCCGUGUUCGGAUAACACUCAGUACAAGGUAGCCGUAUCUAGGAGCAAAGAAGUACCGAUUUUCGGGCCACCAGUCCCUCAAGGUGCGACGUAUACCAAGGGAAAAGCGUUUGCUGACUUUAUUUUGGCGAAGGUGAUCAAUGCAGAAAAUGCUGCGCACAGAUCUGAGAAAUUUGCCACCAUGGCGACUAGAACGAGGCAAGAGUACUUGAAGGACCUCGCUAAUAAUUAUUCUUCCACCACAAUGGUUGAUACCGGGCAAAAAUUUUCUAUGCUGUCGUUCAGCAGCAAGAAGAAAACGACCGUUCGACCGAGACUGUCUUGCGACGCUUUGCAACGUGGAGCGAUAUGUUGGCAGGUGAUACUAGAGGACAGCAAUCAGAACACGGAUUGCUAUUUAGGAAUAAGCAUAGAUACGAUCGUCUUGAUCGAAGAACAUUCUAGACAGAUCGUAUUCGUUACUCCAUGCGUCAGUGUGCUCGGAUGGCAUGCUCAAACAAAUAGCUUGAGAUUGUACUAUCAUCAAGGAGAAUGUAUCACCAUCCACGUGCGCGGUGAUUAUGGGGAAAGAGACGAACUGAUGGAGAUAGUGGCACGUUUACGCUCAGUAACUCCAGGAUCUCCAGCCACGGAACUUUCCUUGAAAAGAAACAGUCUGGGACAAUUGGGUUUUCACGUGCAACCGGACGGUGUAGUGACACAAGUCGAAAGUAUGGGACUCUCUUGGCAAGCGGGACUGAGACAAGGAUCUAGACUCGUCGAGAUCUGCAAAGUGGCCGUGUCCACAUUGAGUCACGAUCAGAUGGUUGACUUGUUGAAAACCAGCGCUCAGGUCACUGUCACCGUGAUACCGCCGAACAGUGACGGUAACCCCAGA